UUUACCUUGCUCUCUCUCUCUCUCUCUCGCUCUCACUCCUCAUCCUCCUCGUCGUCAUCAUCAUGCAGCAUGCUCUUCUGUUUCGCUUUGCUGUCGUUGGUCUCCGACGGGCCGGGAUACUUUACUGACGCGCCGUUGCAUAACCCCCUCCGCUGGGCAUUCAUCAUUGUGGAAUCUACGCAUCGCGGGAAGGGGGAGAGAUCCAUCGGUCAAGCGCCGUUGCCGCCGCCUCACUUUGCGAAUAGCUGCAUCCUGAGAUUCGCGACAGUCCCCUUGACGUAUCGAAUGCACCCAGCGCCUGCCUGUGACUCCUGGGAGCCGGGGCGGUUAACCCGCAUCUGCGACUCUCUCUCACCCGGCCACCGCCCGCAUCCGUCAGUGCGGAGCAGCAUCCAUGUGCCGCUUUCGCUUUACUGAGUAUAGCCACGUCUUCCCCGCAUUCCUGUAGGUAAUCCGUCGCCUCGCUGGUCUCUUUGGGAAAGCUUCUCCCAGGCACACAAGUCCGCGCGAGGGUGAACGCCUACAUGCUAGGAGAAAAGAAAAAAAGGGCGGGAAGAGUGGAAGUUGGAGAGCUAGAAUGCCCGGGGUAAAUUAGCAUAGAUACUCUGCGUCUCUAAUAGACACGAGUGACACUUGAAACGAGCUCCUAUGCC